AUGCCUCCUCCUUUGUUAGACCAGAUCGUUCAGACCGCUCUUCCGCAACAUUGUGAACCGUCAUCGCCAUUGCUGGCCGCCCUUUCUUCGCACCUGCAUAUCUGCAUUCCGACGCCCUUGGCGCUCAUAUCGUCGAUCCUAGGGACAUUGAGUAUUGUCUCGUGGCUAUUUGCCCAGCUGCCUCAGAUCUACAAGAACUUCCAAUUGCAAUCAACGUCAGGCCUGUCUUUGUUCUUCCUCGUUGAAUGGUGCCUCGGUGACGCCAGCAACCUCGUGGGCGCCUUGCUUACCCGCCAAGCGGGCUGGCAAGUCAUCGUUGCUGGAUACUACGUGCUGGUCGACGUGACUCUGGUGUUCCAGUACUUUUGGUAUACACACUAUAAACGGCGGGGGGAUGAUUAUGGCGAGCUGUCAUAUUCACAUCAUGAUGACGGAUCUGGCAGUGUCUUAGACGGGGUCUCCUUCUCCGAGGACUACUCGAGCGCUGGUGCACGUCUCUCAGCAGCAGCCCGCCCGACAGACAUUAAAGAUGCGAAGGAUCUGAAGGCAUCUGGGCUGACGGGCGGCCAGUCGCCUUCCUAUUCCAACGAGAAAAUGAGCUCUUCCCGUCGAUCGGUUACUCGCACUGGUAGUGGCCGCAGCCUCCCAACGAGCUCCACUCGCACAGUCUUACUGGCAUCUAUGCUGUGUGCCGUGCUAGCAAAUGCAGCUCCGACGGAACCGGAAACCGGCUCGACAUCCAAUCGGAUUGACCUUGAAUUCAUCGGCCGCAUCAUUUCGUGGAUGUCGACGGUCCUUUAUCUCGGUUCCCGGCCGCCCCAACUAUACAAGAACUACUGCCGGAAGAGCACAUCCGGCCUGUCUCCUCUCCUCUUCAUGGCUGCAUUUGGCGGCAACUUCUUCUACUCCGCUUCUCUCCUAACCAACCCGAACGCCUGGUAUGACUUUCCUGCCUAUGGCGGUGGCGGAUGGGCGGACGCCGACGGCAACGAUCGCCUCGAGUGGGUAGGCCGUGCCAUCCCCUUCUUCCUUGGAGCGUUCGGGGUCCUUGGUCUUGACGGAUUCAUGGGAGUACAAUUCCUCAUAUACGGCUCCAAUGAUGGAGAAUCCAUCAUCGAAGUUGAGGAUCCCAAGCGCGGCCGCAGUCACUGGACACGCGUCCGUGGAUGGAUGAGGGGCUGGAUUCCCUCCGUCUCCCCCGAACGCGAGAUCCAUCAUAGUAACAGCACUACUCACGAAAGACGAGCUCUUCUAGACGAAGAUCGUGAAAGAUACGGCACUGUUUAA